AUGAUUGAAACGGGCAUUUCAAAUGGAAACCCGAAUGACGGAGACAAUUAUUUUUUGUAUAAUGAUAAAUGUUCUCUUGUUUUGGUAAUUGAUUAUGAUACGGAAAAUGAAAAAGAUGUCUAUAAGAAUGUAGAUAAAAAUGAUGAGAAUAAUGUAGUAAGUUUGUUGGAUAAUAUAAAUUGGGAGAAAGAAAAUGAACAAAUGAUUGAAGAGUUGAAUGAUGAAAUAAUUAAUGAAGCAAACCCUGGAAUAGAUAGUAAAAAUUUAACUGAUGAAAAAUUUGAAGAAAUGAUAUUAAGUACAUUCAAAAAGGAUAAUUUUGGAAAAAUAAACAACAGUAGUAAAAAACAUGGUUCGUUUAAGGGGAAUAUAAAACUGAAUGUAGGAUUAGAUUAUUCUAAUUUUUCAAUAGAUACACCAUAUAAAAUUAUUAAAUUUAUAACAAAAGGAAGCCACUUUCUUUAUUGGAGUGAUGAUGUAUUAGUUGGUACUCGAAAUGAUAUAACUAAAGAGUUUAAAAUGAAUGAAAUGAAAAAAAACAAUUGUGAAGAAAUGAGAAACAGUAGAUUUGUUUAUUUUGAUACAAAAAAUAAAUUACUAGUCUUAAAAUAUAGCUUAAAAAAUAAAAAUUUUCAAUACUUAAAAGAAGACAAUAGUAUUUAUAAAUAUUUUUUUGAUCUUCAUAAAAUUGAUUUUAUGGAUGAUAAUUUAAUCAAAUAUAAUAAAGACUCUAUUAUGAUUUAUCCAUACACAUAUACAAAAAUAUGGGAAAGUGUAACUAGCUAUAUUAAUGAUGAAGUAAUCAAUAAAAUAGAACCUGUUAAUAAAACAUUUUCUUCAUCUUUUUUAGAAGAGGACAAAAAAGAUAAAGAUAGUGGAAAUAAAGGUGAAAUCAAUUUUCAUAAUCAGCCAUACAUGUUUUACUCUGUAAUUCCAAAAUAUCCUACAAGCAUGGGAAGUAAAAAGGAGCCCAAUAAGCAUGAAGAAAAAGAACAAAAUGACGAGUUAUAUAAUGGUAAAAACAAUAAAAAGGAAGAUGGUGUUUCGGAAGAAAACAAUGAAUAUAAAAAUAAUGAAAUGGAUAACCACACGGAAAAUACAGCUUAUUUCGAAUGUAUUCAUAUUGAUAAUAAAUACAAGUAUACUCCCUCAGAUUUGACUUUGAUAAAUUUAGAAAAAUUUUGGAUAUUAGAAGAAAUAAUUAAACAAGAAUAUACAUAUAUAUAUUAUAACGAUGAAAAAAAAGAAGCAUUCCAUAAAUAUUCUAAUAAACUUUUUUACAUUUUAGGAGAAUUUCAAUUUUCUUUUAUCCUAUUUCAUAUAGGGUUUAAUUAUCAAUCUUUUAUACAGUGGAGAAAUUUGUUUGAACUUUUUUCGAAUUCUCAAAUUUUGGUGACUAAGCAUACAGAUUUCUUUGAAAUAUUAUUAAAGGUUGUAAGUAUCCAUUUAAGCUAUUUGAGUGACGAUUUUUUUGAUAAUAAAGAAAACAGUUUCAUUCUUUUUGGAGUUUAUAAUAUUUUUGAUAUAAUUAGCAAUAUAGAAGAUAUUAAUGAAAAUAUAAAAAGUGUGGUUGAUUCAAUAGAUGCAAUUAUUUAUAACAAGUUAGGUCUGCAUAUCCCAGAUCUAUCUUUUGUAUAUGAGGAAUAUCAGCCAACGUAUGUUAAUGAUGACUAA